UGCCUGUUUGGUCGCAACUCUAUCCACAUUCCAUACCCAAAUCUUCAUGAACGCUCUAUUUAAUGACCAUACCUUGCGUCCCAAUAUUGAUAUUUCAAUUCAACCCUACCACCAUGGAAGACAGCUUCAAUGUCCGAGUCGGCAAAGCUUUCGGCUCCCUAGCUUCAUCCUUUUCUUCUACAAAUUCAAAUUCAAAGUCGCAGUCUUUGAGCUCUCUUUGGAGCCUCACCGACGAUGAAAUCGAGAAACGAGAGUGGAACCGAGACAAGGAGAGUCCCCAAUCGGAGGAGAACUCUCCUGAGAAGAAGAAGCCCAUUAAAUUCCGUGCGGAGCUGGAGAAGGAUCUGGAUGACCUGGACGACGAGGAUGUGGAGGAAGAAGAAGAACUUGAGUCGUCGAGUAAAGGUGUUAAACCAGAGGAUUAUAAUGAUGAAGAGUGGGAGAUUAAGUCUUCCAUUGGAAGGGACUGUACUCUUGAUUAUGAGGAAGAGGAAGAUGAGUAUGAUAAAGUGGCUGUUGGCAGGGAGAAGAGCGGAGAUCGCCUUUACAUGAAGGAUGUAAAUGACUAUGAGAUAGAUGCAGAUUCUUGCAAUGUGCUUCCAACUACAUUCAGGGAUUUCAGUAGGGAUCCACGUGCCAAUCACAUUGCAGCAAAACUUAGGCUCAAGGAAGAUGAAGAAGCUGCUAAGAAAAGGCUUGAAGAAGAUGCUGAAGCUGCUAAAAAGAUUGAUUCGUUGCAGGUGUCUGAUAGUGAUGCAACGGCUGGCGUGGAUGCUCACUUUAGCACCUUUGAGGAUGUUAACCUGAAAUCCAUUCUGAAGAGAAAGGAUGCUGAGUCAAAUCCAAAGUCACAGAAACGCGUUCGAUUUGAUUCUGAAUAUUGUAAAAAUGAUUGCAGUGAAGGGCCUGAAAGAACCAAUAAUGUCCCAAGGGAAGCUUGCUUGACAGAGGAGGAAGCUAUGAUCUCCAAUGAGGUGUCUACUUUGCCUCAGGACUAUCCUUCUGGAAUUCCAGAUUAUAUGCGUAACCCUUCAAAAUAUACUUGUUAUACUUUUGAUUCUAGUGAUGUUGAUGAUGAAUCAAAUCGGCAAGCAUAUAUGGCCUUUGUCAAGCAGGUUAAGAGGUCGAAUGCUACAGAGCCACAGGCAGAUGAUGCUCCAAGUGAUCUUGCAAAACCAAUAACUUUUAUACCGAGGAGGAAAGCUUGUGACAUCAUCAUGGGAGAAAGUUGCAGUGAGUCAAAACAAAUCCGGGAAGAUACUGACAAGGAGGCCAUGCAUAGAAGAGGCUUGCCAAUUGGAAUUGCAGCUGAGGAUACCAUUGAUGGAGUUUGUGCAAUGGAUGAAGAUGAAUCACAAGCAAUUGUUGACAAGAGAAACAUCUCAGAGAGACCAGGCCGGCAAUAUCGUAUGAAAUCUAGCUUGGAGUUCCAUAAUUAAUAUUAGAUCACUUAUAAUGGAAUUCUGACUUGAACUAUUCUAGUUUUCUCCUUUUAGAUGGAUCGUCGGCGACAGAGAAAGCUUGUUUGUAUACCCUCUCAAGUUCUCUUUCGCUUAUUUGUACUUAAAUGUAGAAAACUGGGUAAAGAUAAAAGAAAGAGAGCUUGAGAGGGUAAACUGUUUUACUUUGACUUAAUUAUAUGAUUCAAUAUUUUCUUUUUACGUUUUUCCUUGGCUAAUCAGCAAGUUUUAAUUCUCUGUAUUUUUGUAACUGAUGUAUGCCUCUGAUUAAUAAUAA